AUGAGUGAGCAUUCUCUGCAAGAGGAGUCGCAAGCCCUUAUACCUCAUAACCCACACCAUCCGGCUUACUCAAGCAUCGAAUCCGAGAAUGGGGAGAUCCGAUUGUUAGAACUACUGCCUGGAAAGUACGACGAUUCUCUCUCAAUGCGCCUGCUACCGAAGAAGUCAAACGAAGACAUCGAAUACGAAGCUCUCUCAUAUGCGUGGGGAACGACCGAUAGCCCGCACGAAGCUCUUCUUGACGGUACCCCAAUUAUUAUGAGGAUAAGCCUUGAUCUUGGCCUCAGACGCCUCCGGUAUGCUGAGAAGUCCCGCAUCCUAUGGGUCGACGCCUUGUGUAUCAACCAGAACGAUGUUCAGGAGCGAUCGCAUCAGGUUCAACAAAUGGCGAAAAUAUACAGUUCAGCGAUGAAGGUACUGAUAUGGCUUGGCGAAUGGCCAUCAUCCCACCGGUGCCAGGACCAAGAGCGCUGCGAAACGGCCUUUGCUGAACUCUUCGCUGAGACGCGUCGAAUCAACACGUUGCACGAUCCUACACUUUCGAAUCCACAACGUUCCUCCAUGGUGUUCAGUUUUCUAGAGCGAAGUGAGAUGAUAUUUGGUUUAAGCCAUUUCAAAGAUCAUGCUACGAACAUUACUUCUCAACCCUGGUUCAAUCGUUUAUGGAUCAUUCAGGAGUUCAUUCUGGCCCAAACAGAUCCGGUCGUACACAUAGGAUGUCACGUUGUUAUGUGGGCAGACUUCUUCAGCGCUAUGGAAGAGACUUUUGCACAAUACGAAGAUUCCCAUAUGCCUUUCUAUGGACAUCUCUAUCCGAGUAGAAUGAGAAGUUUGAACGAAUUGAGAUAUGGUGACGAGCAAAACCGCAAUCUCUCCUGGUUGCUAUCUUACUCCUGGGGUUCCGUUGCUAAUGACAGCCGAGAUCAGGUCUAUGGGCUACUUGGAAUCUGUGAUUUCCAAGUAGCCGAUCCGAUUAUACCAGACUACUCGAAGAGUUUCGAACAAGUCCUUGCUAGCGUUACUGUGGUUGAGAUAUUAGAAAGCUCCCCAGAAUGCUAUCUUGACUUGCGGGACAAUAACUUCGUGCCUGAUGUAGCAUUCGAUGAAAACUUUUCAAUACCCUCAUGGUCGUUGGACAUAGACUAUUUUCAUCAUCCUGUAAAGGAUGAACAAAAACCCAAACGUCUACCUCGAAAAGAGCGGAAGCGGCGAAACGGCUUGCUGCGUCUGUCAGAGGAUGGACUUACUCUUUUCACGCAAGGUCGUUAUAUUGGUACAAUCUCCGCUGUUUUUUCUUGCGGAGGUAUCAGGAGCGAGACGAACUAUGAGACGACUUGUCGAGCCUCUGAGCUGUACAACUUUUAUCACAGGGUCCUGAACCCGAUCGGUAUUGAACCUCAACGUCUUUAUGAGCUACUACGACGCGAUCGCCAUGUCUUCGCCUAUAUGGAUGAUUUCACCAGUGCUUUGCUGGGACCCGAGAACGAUUUCAAUCUCGUGGUUGGUUCCUUGAACAUUGCACAUACAGCAAUUAUCACUGAGCGUCCUUUGACUCUUAUAUUCACGCAGGAAGGAGACCUUGCAAUACCAUGGUACUAUGACCAGAUCGGGAUACAAGCCGGAGAUAUCAUUGUCAACCUGUUUGGAUAUAACGUACCUUUUAUCCUGAGACCUUCUAGAGGUGCUCGGGAGUAUGCUAUAAUUAAUGUCGCUCAGUUUGAAGUUGAGUGGAAGGAUCGUCCUCGUAAUUGGAUCCAGUUCGAGGGUGAAGGCGGAGAAGAGUAUGCACUCGUCUGA